AUGGCGAUGGUAUUGUUUCGUUUGAGGCAAAUCGUCAUUAUUGUUCUAUUUGUAUGCUGCGGUGUUUUGGUGUUCAAUUCAUUCAAUUUAAUGAAGGACCAUGAUUUGGAACCUCCGAAAGCGGAUUUCGGCGUUGAAGAUUUGUCUUUAAUUAAAAUGGAGGUUCUGCAUAGCGAUCGGGAUAUCACCAAGAAAAACGGAAGUGUAAAUGUAAAAACUAAUACACUUACAGGAGUUGAGACUUGCAAUAUUCCAAAACUUGACAUUAAUGGCAGUGAAGUUAUCGGAUUCUUCAAAAAGCAUGAACCUUUAAAUUGCCAAAAACCAGAUAGCGGAAUUGAAGACAAUUGGGUAUUCGUGGAUAAUGAUGGAUUGUUGAAAUUUACAGAAAAACGAAAAGGAGCUGUUUGCAAAAUACGGUAUGUUGACCGAGUCGAUGACAAUAGGAAUAGUAUCAGCACUCCUGUUAAAAUAUAUGAUGGAUUUGUUAUGAAUGUAAGCGAUUAUGCGGUAAUUCAUUGUGUUCAAAGAUUUGAAAAAUGGAAAUCCAUUUUAUGGACCAUUGUUGAUAAUAAAAAAGUGCGCGAAAUGAAACGAGAAUUGGCUUCGAAUCGUGGAAAUAAAAAGCCAAUGAACGUCUAUUUCCUAGGAUUCGAUUCGCUCAGUCAGAUGUCAUUUAGAAGAAAAUUGCCGAAAACAGUUGAUUAUUUGGAAAAAGUAAUGGGAAGCGUUGUGCUGAAUGGAUACAAUAUUGUUGGAGAUGGAACACCCCAGGCUUUUAUACCUAUUCUAACAGCACAGACUGAAACCGAACUGCCGUUGACAAGAAAACGGUAUUCUAAUGCGAACUACGUUGAUGACGUGUAUCCAUUUAUUUGGAAUAAUUUCUCUGAUGCGGGAUAUGUUACAAUGUAUGGAGAAGAUGCUUUCAAUAUUGGAACAUUCACGUAUCGAUUGAAAGGUUUCCGUAAAUUGCCGACUGAUCACUAUACUCGCACGAUCUUCCAGGAAAUCGAAAAGCUUAAUGAUCGAAAUUGUAUUGGAUCUAUUCCGCUUCACAAGAUGUGGUUUCAAAAUGCGCGACGAUUUAUGAAGGUAUAUGAAGAUGUGCCAAGAUUCCUGCUCAUGCAUCAAUCGCUGUUGUCUCACGAUGACAUUAAUUUAGUUGGCGUCGAGGAUGACGACCUUUCAUCGCAUUUGAAAUUGAUGAACGAAGAAGGACAUUUCGAUAAUUCGAUUGUGAUUGUCAUGGCUGAUCACGGUCAUCGAUUCGCGCAACUUCGAGGAACCCAUCAAGGGCAGCUCGAGGAGAGGAUGCCGUUUUUCUCAAUUUAUUUGCCGAAAUCAUUCCGUCACACUGAUGUCGGCAAAACAAUGUAUAAAAACCUAUUGGAUAAUAAAGAAAAGUUAACAAGUCCAUUUGAUAUUCACGCAACUCUAAUGGAUAUUCUCAAUUUGAAUGAUAAUGAGGAUUCUUUCACGGAGCCGCAAGGAACCGAACGCUCGCAAUCUUUGUUCCGUCCGAUUUCGAGUAAUCGAGUAUGCAGUGAAGCUGGAAUUGAACCCCAUUGGUGCACUUGUUUAUCGUGGCAAGACGCAAUGUCCACCGAUGAAGACCGAAAUUUGUCGAUGCGAAUUGCCCAAACAGUUGUUGCUGCGAUUAAUAGGGAAAUUGAGACUGAAAAGAAGCUUUGCGCUCCGCUCCGCUUGGAUAAAUUGAUCGGGUCGAAGAAAUUGCUUCCCGAUAAAGGUCUUCUUUCUUAUAAAAAUACCAAGGAUGCCGAUGGAUUUGUGCCAGAUUUGUCUGGAAAUACGAAGCCAGCGUUCGCCCAUUAUCAAAUAAAAUUCAAGACAACACCUGGUGUGGCUAUUUACGAGGCCACAUUAUUCUACGAUAUGAUGAAGGACGAAGUCAAAUUCGACUUUGCGUCUCUGAGCCAUGUGAACAAAUUUGGAGACACUCCCCAUUGUAUAAUUGACAAGAACUACUACCUCGCCACCUUCUGUGUGUGUUACGAUCGCAUUUAA